AUGAGGGACCGACGCAACACCAUCCUUUCGGCAUCAUCAACAGCAAGUUCGGACCCUCCAGCAUCACCGCCCUCCAUCAGAGUUAUUCCAGAUGACAAGAAGCUGUUCAGCUCGCCGCCACCAUCGCCACUUCUGCCGGCUCCCGUUACUAGCGACAGGAGGAUCAAAGCCUCUCUCAGACGCAGCAUGGCUGUCAAAGGCUUGAUCGUCGCAUGUGGAAUGGUUGGUUUGUAUGUUUAUGUACUGCAAGGCCUCAUGUAUCCGGUGCCAUCUGCCACUGCGAAUUUUGGUAAAAGCAUCGACAUUGUGGCCGGCAAUCCUCUUCCUGGCGAGCCAACUGCCCUUGUUGUCGUCGACUCGGCUGCGAGGUCCCAAUGGACGGUCUGGAUACCUCACAAUCAGACAUUCCCACUCUCUAGUCAAAUCUAUGCGGAUAUGUGCAAGCAGGGCAACCAAUUAAAAAGCAGUAUUGAGACAAGCACUCUGUCUUCAGGGAAGCAGCCGUGGUGGCGAAAGCAGGGCUACUACGCCAAAGAUCGAACGUUCCUCGACAUAACUGACGCUGAGAGGACUGGGGUAUUGCCCAAGUCCAGGAGCAUGGAAAACGUUUGUGAGACGAGCCUCACCUUUGUGCUUGGUGCAGAAGAUGCGAGCUUCGGCAAAUCAUUACUGCUUCUAUGGAUGAGCUACGGACUCGCCAAAAAGGAAGGCCGGGCCUUCUUUUACGACGAUUCGCACUGGGCUUGGGGAAAGUACAUCUCUUACUUCGCGCCGCCUCCAAGCCCGAAGUGCGUUCGGCCCCCAACGCAUCACAUCGUGCCAUGUCCUCACACUGCAAGGCACAUUGUCGUGUCAACGGCUACAGCUCCAUUCACGUUCGGCGAAACUUUUGAUCGCGAAUUUCGAGACGCUCGCAAGCAUGGCCUUGCAUCACAGUCGCGGAUUUUCGACCUCAUUCGUUCCGGUUACAAUGAUCUGUUCGUUCUGACGGGAGAGGACGCUUUGUAUGCUCAAUCGCGAGUUGCAAAGCUGAAGGACGAAGCUGGCACCAGCCGCAUGCUCGCUGCUCAGAUUCGCCGUGGCGAUAAUCAUCCCUCGGAAUUCCAAUAUCAAUAUAGCUAUCUUCCAUUGGAACGAUAUCUGGAUGGUGCGCGCUUGCUAAGCUCAAAACUCAGCCCAGGCGCUCUGAGUGGCUCCAAGACUCAACUGCUUGUCGCUUCAGACGAUCCCAACAUUCUCACUUCGCCAGAGCUACAGCAAGCGGACUCUGAAUCUUUCACGAUCCACCGAGCGCAGGAGCGCAUACAGCUUGCUACCAAGGACGUUCUCGAUCAGUCCUCUCCGGUACAGUCAUUACGCAAAUCAGGUUCAGCGUACGUCAAGCAUGUUGAGGAGAACUCGGGAUGGGAGGGGGGCUUCUACAGCGCACUUUUCUAUUCACUGGGUGGUGCAUCCGAGAACAACGUCCCCGAGCAAGCGAUGCUGUUGCGUCGGCUUGUCGGUCGAGCCUACGUGCUGGACCUCGCAGUGCUUGGGGAGAGCGAUGGUGUUGUAUGCGCUAGCAGCAGUGCUGGUUGCCGUUUACUUGCUGUUGCCAUGGGCUGGGACGCUGUGAAGGCUGGGAGAUGGAUGAAUGUGGAUGAUGGGAGGGUCUGGACUUGGAAUGGUCAGCGAUAA